AUGCCAAAUGGAUCACCUCACAGCGUUGGUGUUCCAAAUAGUUCGCCACAUUGCAUUGACGUUGCAAACGGAUCACGACAAGGUAUUCCGAAUUAUUCACCACAAAGCGGUAGUCUUUCAGAUGCAUCACAACAAGGCUUCGGCAUCCAAAAUGAACCGUCACAAUAUGACUACAAUCCGAUUUAUGAUUUAUCCAGUAAUGAUAUUGCACUUGUAACAAGUUUCUUCGCCAACUCGGAAGCUUCGAUUGAUUUUGACCCUACAAUGGAUACUCAGGGUGCGCAUCAGGGUGCACAUUAA